AUGUUUAAAAAGACUCUUUGGAAAAGAUGGUAUAAAAUAUUUAUUACGAGAUCGAGAAAUCUGGGACUACUUUUCGUUUACAAUGGAAAUCUUUGGAAGUAAGUUGCUUCUGGCUUAUUUGGAAACUCAUAUCACAAUAAUUUUUUGGAAUUAACUCUCACUCCCCCAAAAAAUAUAUCAGUCUGUUGAUUAAAGACCUUAUUGUCAGAGAUUCCUUGAUCUUCAGGGGGAGUGGAAAACAGUUCUGGAGAUGCUGUGUCUUCUCACUGAUCUUAUUAUCUUAUCAUGUGCUUUUCUUGUGCAUAACAACUCCUAAUAAUAUGAUUUUAUUGUAUUUUAUUUUUUCAGAUACAACUUCCAGAAAGCUUUAGAUUCCUUUCUUUAUGGUAGACCACAGCGAACAAGACAAAUACCAUUUAUGGUCAGCUAUUUCAUAAUCUUGAUUUUCAAAUAACCUGUAAUUUUUUGGAAACCAUUGUUUUAAACAUGUUAUAUCAACAUUUGUAAGUUACACUUCAGUGAUGAUGAUGAUGACGAAGAUGAUGAUAAUAAUUAAAACUAAUUUACUUUAGCACCUGCGAAGACCCAGGAUUAAACUGCAUGUCACAACACAAUAUGGAGAAAUUCACACCGCUUGUAGCUAAUAUCCUGCAAAAAGGUGCCUUCUGUCAUAGGUCAUUGACUUGAUGGAGAGCACACAGGGGACAAGAACUCCAGUAUCAACGCUUACUGCGUCUUAGUUUCGCUUUUUCACCAAAAAGGCCUUUUGCAUUAGUUGAUUACGUGAUCAACAUUCAGUAAACACGAAAAUAGUUUGAGAAGAACAGUAUGAGAAGAACAACUUUUGCCACCCAGUUAUGCUUGAAUGGUUUUCUAUACAAAUCCUUGUAAAUUUCGAAAUUUUCAAACUGUCUGAAAUAUUUCCUUAAGCAUUACAGGGCUCAAAUCUCCUUUUAACUUGUAACAGGCUCUUUGAGCCCUUAAAUGCGUAAGGAAAAGAUAUAACAACAGUUUGAAAAUACUGUUAAACUCAUCAACAACAGAUGAGGUUGAUUAUAGCUGCCUUAGAGAAUGGCGGUGCUAAGCAUUAUAAAUGUUUGCAAAUUUUUUUUGUUCUCUUUUUGCAGAUUACCAGACAGAUGAAAAAAUCACUUUCCACUUUAGGUUACAGUGAGCAGGAUGUUAAUCAAAUGUCACCAAGUGAAGCCCAUGAUGUAGUUAAUCGUGGUGUAAAAAAAACUGCAAAAUUACAUCCUAGUUCUAAGGACUAGUGUUAAGUGCAGGUCAUUGUCUGUGCAGGACUUCAGGAUGGAAGGUGGGCCUUCAAGGGACUGGAGAAAAACUAGACUUUUGAAUUAUAGUCAAACCCCUUAUAAGCAACCACCCAAAAUGUGAAGAUCUAGUGGUUGCUUAUUAUAUGGGAGGCAGUCGCUUAAGAGAAUUGAACUACAGGAGGUCCCUUUCUAGAAGAGGUCUGACACAUCUACAUGUUUGAAGAGUUCAUCGCAUGCAAUUUCUAAGUUAGGAUAUGUGUAG